AUGCCCUCCGCCUACACCCAGCGCUCCCUGGCCGUGCUGCUGCUCUUCGGCACGCUGGCAGCCCUCAUGGCGGUGCUCGCCUCCAUCCUCAUCUUCCAGCUCCAGGCGGGCCGGGCCCAGGCCGGCUCCCCCGGCGCCUUCUCGGAGCGGGUGGCGAGGGUGCUGCUGCCGGUCUCGGCCGUGCUGGCCGCCCUGUGCCUGGUGCUCAACGUCGGCUGCCUCCUGCUCUGCCUCCUGCACAGCUACUUCAGCGCCGAGGUGUGCCGGGGAGCCGCGGAGCCGGACAGAGCCGACUGGUUCCUGUUGGACAGCCGGAUGAUUCGGCAUGUUGCCAUUGGCUUGUUCUGCUGCGGUGUUUCUGUCUAUUUAGCAGCUCUCUCCAUCUACAUGCUGCUGCUGUUUGAAAUCGAGACCGGCAUAACCAGCGCCUGCAUCCUGUCCUCCGGGAUCAUCGUCCUGCUGAUCACGGUGAUGCACGCCUUCGUCAGGGCCUCCCAAGCCUCACAGCGCAGCCAGUCCGAGCUCUGCCGUACCCUCUACGAGAACGACUCCGCCCGGCGCAGCGACACCCCGGCUAGCGACCUCAACAACAGCAAGAACGUGGCUGCAGCCCGCCCGCGGCCAGAGAUCCACCGAGAGUUCUCCUACCCACCAUACAUAGAGCAGAAGCCCCACCUUGCCUCACCAGGCAGAGGCAGCUUCACCUUGCCAGGAAGCCAUAGGCCACUGGCUGAGAAGGACUGCUGCAACCUGCCCCGGACACACAGGACGCUGUCAGCAGAGCCAGGCCUGCUGCAGGUACAGGGCAAGCCCUGGAACAGCGUCACCCAGGAGAUGAGGAAUAUUUUGUCACGCAAGCCAGGAGUCUCUGGGAAGGAUUCAACUUUGGUGUGAAGGCUGGAGUGGGGAAGUCUCAUCCCACCGCUGCCAAGAUCUGCAUCUCCCUUUAGCCCUUAACAUGGGCCAGUCUCCGCUUCAUCCCCACCUGAACAGCUGAGAUACCUGUCCAGGAGCUCGACCAGACAUCGGGCGAGGGGAAAUCUACUGUCCCACCCAAAUAAAAGGGACUUGGGAUCCCUCCUGUCUGGACUGCACUGAGAUGGAGGGGCUUGAGGGGGGUGCAGAGUUUUAAAAUUAUAUCUUACUCCUCCUGAAGCCUGGAGGAUUAUAUCCGAGCUCCUUCCCAGCUGGGCUGGGGCGGCCGUUAACCAGCCUAAUGAUUGUAGCGGGCAAUUAGAGCUGGAAAGGUGGCUCUGUAAAAACGACAGCCUGCUGCAUUCUGCCUCUUGCAUCGCCCUCCUGUGAGUAAAGA